GACCUCGCCCUACUCCUCCCCUGGAGCUGCCGGGGAGUAGCCGAGUGCAAGGGAGAGGGGCUAGGACUGGACUCUGCUCCCGAGGACAGGCUGGGUUUGUUCCGGGGCACACAUCGUCCGUCCCUCUUCACGGAAAAGCACCCAGGGAGCAGAGAGAAGACUGUUCCACGUUUGAUUUUACCAGGCAGGAGGAAGCUUGACAGCUCAGCCCACCUCAAGAGCUGCUGGUGCCAAAAGGAUCCUAGGAACAGCAUCUGAGGAGAGAAAAUGUUUGCAGCCUAUUUUGACUGCCCAGGAGGCCCAGAAAAUCUCUAUAUUAAAGAAGUGAUGAAACCAGAUCCAGGAGAAGGAGAAGUUCUUUUGAAGGUCUCUGCCAGUGCUCUGAAUAGGGGCGAUUUACUCCAGAGGAGAGGGAAGUACCCUCCCCCCAAAGGAGCAAGUGAUAUUUUAGGCCUAGAAGCAGCUGGGAGCGUGGCUGGGCUGGGUCCCGGCUGCUCGGGCCGGUGGAAGAUCGGCGAUGCAGUGAUGGCUCUGCUCUCUGGGGGAGGCCAGGCACAAUACGUGACAGUGCCCGAAGGCCUCCUGAUGCCAAUUCCCAAAGAUAUGACUUUUAUUCAGGCUGCAGCCAUUCCUGAAGCCUGGCUAACAGCAUUUCAGCUGCUCCAUUUUGUAGGUAAAGUACAGGAGGGUGAGAGAGUGUUGAUCCAUGCUGGAGCCAGUGGGGUUGGCAUGGCAGCCAUUCAGCUGGUGAGACUCGCAAAGGCUAUUCCCAUUGUGACAGCAGGAACUCAGGAGAAACUGGAAGCAACAGCAAACGCUGGAGCAGCUGCAGGGUUCAACUACAAGAAUGAAGACUUCAGCGAAAAGGUCUUGGAGUUCACCCAAGGUUCUGGAGUCGAUAUUAUUUUAGAUUGUGUUGGGGCCUCACACUGGGAGAAGAAUAUCAACUGUCUGAGUACUGAUAGCCGGUGGAUUAUUUAUGGACUGCUGAGUAGAGGUGAAAUCCAUGGGGAUUUGCUGGCAAGGCUGCUUUCCAAAAGAGCCAGCAUCCACACGAGCCUGUUACGGCCCCGACACAAGGAGUACAAGGAGCGGCUGGUGAGAGCCUUCACGGAGGAGGUGCUGCCCCAUUUUUCCGGAGGGGCUUCCCCGCGUCUCCAGCCCCUCGUGGACAGCGUUUACCCCCUGCACGCCAUCGCUGAGGCACACAAGGCUAUGGAGGAAAACAGGAACAUCGGCAAAAUCGUCAUCGAAAUUCCCGUUUGCUUCAAGAAAGGGCCGCUGCAGUAGCUGCUCUGGGACAGUGACUGCGGGGACUGCACUGCGGCCAUCCUGCCGCCUCUGCUGCACAUCGGGACCGAUUCAUGUGGGUGGCGAGGAGGGGGAAAGCAUAAGGAGGAAGCGUUUAUUAAAGAAGUUCGUGUCAUAAUUCCUGCA